CGGCCAUUAAAGCGAACCAAAUUUGACAGAAGAGAGUCCUCUUCAGUUUUUUCGCUUUGCUUUGCCAGAAAUACAAUCCUUUGAAAGCCACCAAAUCCCACAUCGUAGAAUACAUUUCCAGAAACCAAGAUGACUGACCAAAGCGACCUGGACCGCCAGAUCGAGCAACUGCAGCGCUGCGAAUACAUCACGGAGGCCGAGGUCAAGGCCCUGUGCGCCAAGGCCCGGGAGAUCCUGAUGGAGGAGAGCAAUGUGCAGCGCUUGGACUCGCCGGUAACCGUUUGCGGCGACAUCCAUGGCCAGUUCUACGACCUGAAGGAGCUGGUCAGGGUGGCCGGUCCUGUGCCCGAUAAGAACUUCAUCUUCAUGGGCGACUUCGUGGACAGGGGACACUACAGCGUGGAGACAUUUCUGCUACUUUUGGCCCUGAAGGUGCGCUAUCCGGACCGCAUUGCCCUGAUCCGCGGCAAUCACGAGUCCCGUCAGAUCACCCAGGUGUACGGAUUCUACGACGAGAUCAUGCUUAAGUAUGGAUCUCCAGCCGUCUGGUUCUACUGCACGGACAUCUUCGACUACCUCAGCCUGGCGGCCAUUAUCGAUGGCAAGGUUUUCUGCGUCCACGGCGGCCUGUCGCCGGCCAUCCACUCCCUGGAUCAGAUCCGUUGCCUCGAUCGCAAACAGGAGGUGCCGCACGAGGGACCUAUGUGCGACCUGCUCUGGAGCGAUCCGGAGGAGCAGGUCGGCUGGGGAGUGUCGCCACGGGGUGCGGGCUACCUCUUCGGACGCGAUGUGGUCGCCCAGUUCAACAGCGCCAACGAUUUGGACAUAAUUUGCCGUGCCCACCAGCUGGUGAUGGAGGGCUACAGGUGGCACUUCAAUCAAUCCGUCGUGACUGUGUGGUCGGCUCCUAACUACUGCUACCGCUGCGGCAAUGUGGCUGCCAUCCUGGAGCUGGGCAAUGACUGCUCCAAUCGCGACUUUGUUAUCUUUGAGGCGGCUUCAACAGAAAAUCGCCUUGUUCCCCUGAAGAAGCCGAACGCGGAUUACUUCCUCUAGGGUGAUUCGAGUCUUUUCCGCUCCUCAUCAACUUCAUUGUACUGGAAUGGAGGCUUAAAACAUCAGAAAUAACGAAAACUACCAGAGUGCCUAAGCAAAAGUCAAGGAUUUGUAGUUCAUUGCUUAAAAGCCUUGCUUUGCAUUUAGCUAUUAACUUAUAGAAUUGAUACUUCGUACCUAUUGCCAACUUUCUUCCAAGAAAACUUGAGAAAGUAGUCGUUUGUAUUAUGUAAGAACAGCUAUAAGUACGACUCAAAUUGGCAUACGAAUAAUAAAGAUCUUAAGCUGAAGCACACAGCUUGUGUCAAAAUAAGAUCUUAA